UUUUAAAAAAAUAACUACGCAGUGCACGAGGUUUAUACAUAAAACCCGCCAUUAGUUAUAAUACAACGUAUAAUUUUAUGAGCAACACAAUAAUUAAGAUAAUUAUAAAUACAUAGCGGUCAUUACUAACCUCAGAAGCGGAAGAUUAUUUCAAUACAAACGUAGCGCACAUCAUAGGAAGGGACAUAACUCAUUGAGGAAAGAAAGAGAAUAUAAGUUCAUAGCUGAGCAAAAAAAUACCAUGCUACUGUGUUAUUUAUUUCUAUGUUUCGCCUUCUUGGUUAGAUGCUUUUCAUAUGACACCAAUUGGAGCAACGCGCUGCAGUAUGAUAAGAAUAUCUUAAAAGAUUAUAAUUAUUCUGAGAUUGAAAGCAGAGUCGAUGAUGUGCUGGACAACACUGGAGUGGCCACAGUAGAUAACCAGCAGACCAGUAUUGAGAAGAAUAAACUUAAAAGCACCGAUACUGAUGAACAUAGCAGUGUUGCUAAAAGGAGUCUUGGUCCAACUGGUUUGAAGUUUGUUAGAGCUGCUUUAAUUACAGCUGGUAUAAUCCACGGUGUUUCAUUGGCUAUAACAUCUGCAAGAAUUGUAUUUGAUUUCAUUUACAGCAACCAUAAAUGCUGCGGAAUUUGCUGUCCAAGUAUAUGUUCAGAUUAUAAAUCUUACUUGACCGUUCGAAACAGAGUUCUUACUCUGUACACAGCUAUAGACAACGAAUAUUUAGCAGUGGAGAACUCAGAAACAUUUUUGUUUGGCUUAACAACAGCAAAUACAUUUUUGUAUGACUCAAUGCAAGAAAUUAACGACCACGCAAAGUCGUUAGCACUGACCAUAGAUCCUGAUUUAGACAGGAAAUUGGAGAACGCCACACAGCAACUAGUAUCCCGAUUAGGUGGAAAGAUCACGAAAAAUUAUACCUUGGUCCAACCAGAAGUGGAUAAUAUCGUAACACAAGUAUUUACCGAGUUCACGAGAGCAGCUAGUUUUUUUUCAGAUUAUAUUUUGAUAUAUUGGGUGAUGAAUAAGUUGCAGACUUGGGAGCAAAGAAACAUUGUUAAGACCAGAACUAGAUCACAAGCUGUUGUGGCACAUGUCGAUCCAACAGCGGCGCAGAGAGCAAAAUAUUUUAUUCAAAACAACUACAAGCGCGCUGGUACAAGUAUCGUCUUUGCUGGAACAACCGCAAUGUCUGUGUACGCUUCAGUCCAAGACAUACUGUACAUCUCGAAAGUUGUUGAGAACUGCAACACAUUGAAGACCACAAUGGCAGGAGUGUUGACUACAAUCAAUGAUCAGGAAACAAAGGCCAAAGAAUUACGUGCAAGAAUUGCAGAUCUUCAAGCAAAUGUAACCACGCAAUACAACGACUUAAAGGAAUCAUUGUACUCAAGCAAUUUCACAGCAUUUACAUCAGAGCUCAUUAAGAUGGCUACCAACAUGUCCAGUACAAGUCCUACUCUUGCUCAAGCUAUCAAGAACAUAAACAAUUUUAAUGCGAUGAUAAUUGGAGCUGGUAAAUCAGAUGCAGAAAAAUUAGUAAAAAAUCUGACCACAACUUUCAAAGUCAUUGCUAAGAAGUUUCAAUGUGUUACAAGACAGGCCAACUUACUUAACUUCGCAACUGGUGAAUGCAAAAUUGGGAGUCAAACAAACGAUAACCUGUAUGCAAUUUUACAAACAGAAGAAGUUGCAAUCAAUAAGGAGUGUACAGAAAACAAAUUAAUUAAUAGAACUACCUUUGAUAAUUGGUUGCAAGCAAAAAUGCGCUUAUACAACGCCCAAUCAGAUUGUGUAUUAAACGACGAGACGAAAAAAGCACUAGUUUGCGUAAAUUGGCUAAAUGGUAUGAUUAAUGCACAAAAUGCUGCUAAGGAAAACUUGACCACUGCUCAAGUUCUGUAUUUCAUUGAAACAUCCAUCUGUCCUCCUGCUCAAGUUACAAGUUCAAUUAGUUUGUCAAUAUGCGCUAAGAAAAAUGACAAACACACGCUGGCUCAAGUUAGCCAGCUGUACGCAAAGUACAACCAAACACAAGUAUCGUCAGCGUAUUCUUCAUGCGCCUUCUCGAGCACCAAUCAACAGUUGGUAUGCUUCGAAAAAGAUGAUGGCAUUGCUCUAAUCACUAUCCAGGCAAUCUACAGCAUGUUUCAGAGCAGCGUUGUGGAAGGAGCGUACAAUGCUUGCCCUGCCAUUGAAUUAUCAAGGUCUAUAACAUCGUAUGUUUGUAGGAAGAAAACAGGUGGUGAACUUGUUACGUCUGCUCAUUUUGAUGCUUUUCGAGAUAUUUAUGGCACAGUAGCUGUUCAAAGCGCUUACGAUAAGUGUGCAAGCACAACAGGCAAAGAUGCACCUGAAAAUCAUCAUCGUCGCCACAAAGAGGGUGACAAUCUUUAUAAAAAGGGUGAUGUUGAGGAAGAUGUUGACGAUGAAGGCGAAGAUGAUGAGGGAAAUGACCGAACAGAUAAAGUUAUUUAUCCUGAAUUAAAUGAAAUAGACAUGUACAAGUAAAACCUUCAUACGCCAAAACCAUAUCUGAUAUGCGACUCUGUCUAAAUGCUUUAUUAACGCCAUGCACAAGAGCUAGCGUUUUUUUGUUUUUCGUGGUCUGUGCAAUAAUUGGAUUAUCGAAAAUGAUUUAUUUCAAAGUUCUUGCCGAACACAAGAUGUAUUUAUUUUCAAAGUUGUUUUAUCUAUAUUUACUCAGGUUUCUAAAUAGUUGCCUCGAUCUUUUAAUGUAUCAAGUAGCUGCUAUUUAUGAAAAAAUAGGAGCUGAUUUGAUAUAAUUUUUCUGAUAUGAUCCUAUUUUCUGAAGUUGUUGAUA